AUGGAUACUAAAACCCCAGUUACUUUAGCUAAAGUUAUCAAAGUCUUAGGUAGAACCGGAUCAAGAGGUGGUGUCACUCAAGUCAGAGUUGAAUUCUUAGAAGAUGCUUCCAGAACCAUUGUCAGAAACGUCAAGGGACCAGUCAGAGAAAACGACAUUUUGUGCUUGAUGGAAUCCGAAAGAGAAGCAAGAAGAUUACGUUAG